UAGUCCUGUGGUCCUGCACCUCUCCGUGGCAAUUCUUGGACGAUAGGGUCCUCCGCCCCGCUCGGCAGCGCUCCCUCCUCAUACUGGUUGUCGCAAGACCGCCUUGGCUUCGUUCUCCAUUCUCGACCCCCCAAUUCGGGUGCGAAUAUGGGAAAUCCAGCAGAUGAGGACCUAAACCGCCGAGAAGCAUCGGGGACCAGCCUUCCGCCCGCCGAAGCGCCGCCCGACUACGAUGUCGCGGUCGCGACAGGCCCGAGCCGCCUCUACCGCCCCUUUCCCCCCGAGAUGCAGGCGCGCUACCAAUGGAAGAUAACCGCGACGUUCCACCUCUGCGGCGGCGAGCGGCCCGACGACCGCCUCUUCGCCGUCUCCACGCACGCGGGGUGGGACGGGGAAGUGCCGCGCAUCGUGCUUCAUAAUGGCCCCAGCGAUAAGGACCCCGUUCUCGCCUUCUCUUGCGAGGAGCGAACGGUGACGAGACUCGACGUGUACUCUCCCAACAGCAUCGUGAAACUGCCGCCGGUCGUGCCUAGUGCGGAUCCUAAACAGUUGGCCACGGAGAUCAUGCGAGCCCACACCAUUGGCGAAACCGGAGUCGGCUACGAGUUCUCCAUCGAGGUCAGUCACAGCGCCAAGCUGGUGCGGGAGAAAUUCGAGUGGAGGAAGGUGAAGAAGGGCGCCGACGGCGAGCUCAAAGAAGGCGGGUUUAAACUCCUGCGCCUGUCCUCGCGGCGAGACCCGGAGAGCGUCGCCGCCUCUCCCUCCCAGGAGCCGGCAGCUGCCACCGAGGACGGAUACGACGUCGUCGCGGUGUUCAAGUGGAAUAAGACGCUGACAAACUUGAUGCGCCCUUUCGACCUGCGGUUCGUAGGAGACGCGUUGUCGGGGUCCCUCGGCGAGCGCUGGGCGCUCGUCACCGUCCUGACGGCCCUACGGCUCUGGUUUCUCCAUGCCGGGGCCAGAGCGAAUCGAAAGACGGUCGCUGCCGGAGAGGGCGUAGAUUACCAAGCGCCGUAGGUGUGGCAUUGCGGGGAUCGCGGGCAGACGCGGGUUCUCCGCCAGAGCGCUGACCAGAUAUUCCGUUUUCGGAGAAUCACGGACUGUCCAGAGGCUUCUGAUUUGUUGUACUUACCUACUUGCCUACCUCUGGCCAUACCGUGCUUACGCGGGGAUAACUAGAGGUACCUAUGGCAGAGCCAUGAUGGCCCAACGGCUCUGUCCGCGGAAACCUUCGGAUAUCAAAUACGAGGAUAAUCCAUAUGUUUCUCGGCGCUCGCUUCCCCUUCCGGUGUCGAACAUUUCUCGUCUCAACUCGCGAGACCCAUCCGGUAAUCACGGGGCUUCUUGAUAGGUGCGGAU